AUGGACAAUAUUUGGAUUGUGUUUGUGACAGUAUUUCUCUUAUGCACUGUGAUACUCUAUAGGAACAGGCUUAGCCUUAUGCUCAAAUCAAAACAUAGAAACAAGCUUCCAUUAGGCACUCUUGGAUGGCCAUUUAUAGGUGAAACCAUUGAGUUUGUUUCAUGUGCUUACUCUGAUCGCCCCGAGAGCUUCAUGGACAAGCGACGCAGCACGUAUGGCAAGGUGUUUAAGUCACACAUAUUUGGAAGCCCUACAAUUGUGUCCACGGAUGCAGAUGUGAAUAAAUUCAUACUGCAAAGUGAUGCAAAGGUUUUUGUUCCUUCUUAUCCUAAGUCUCUUACUGAGUUGAUGGGAGAGUCUUCUAUUUUGCUCAUCAAUGGAAGCCUUCAGAGGAAAAUACAUGGACUCAUUGGAGCUUUCUUCAAGUCUCAACAGCUAAAGGCUCAGAUUACCAGAGAUAUGGAGAAAUAUGUCAAAGAAUCAAUGGCAAGCUGGAGGGAGGACUACCCCAUAUACAUACAAGAUGAAACAAAAAAGAUUGCUUUUCAUGUACUAGUCAAGGCAUUGAUUAGUUUGGAUCCGGGUGAAGAAAUGGAGCUUCUAAAGAAACAUUUUCAGGAAUUCAUCUCUGGCCUCAUGUCUUUACCUAUAAACCUACCAGGAACUAAACUUUAUCAUUCCUUACAGGCAAAAAAGAAAAUGGUGAAAUUAGUGAGAAGAAUUAUCCUUGCUAAAAGAAAUAGUGGCAUCUCCACAGUUCCAAAAGAUGUGGUGGAUGUGCUUCUCCAUGAUGCAAGUGAAAAAUUGACUGAUGAUUUAAUAGCUGAUAAUAUUAUUGAUAUGAUGAUUCCAGGGGAGGACUCAGUGCCAGUUCUUAUGACUCUAGCUACAAAGUAUUUAUCAGAAUGUCCUCAAGCUUUGCAACAAUUGACUGAGGAAAAUAUGGAGCUUAAGAAACUUAAAGAUCAGGUUGGGGAGCCCUUGUGUUGGAGUGAUUAUUUAUCAUUGCCAUUUACUCAAACAGUCAUCACUGAAACUUUGAGAAUGGGAAAUGUUAUUAUUGGUGUCAUGAGAAAGGCCAUAAAAGAUGUAGAAAUAAAAGGCUACUUAAUACCAAGAGGGUGGUGUGUGUUUGCAAAUUUUAGAUCAGUUCAUCUAGAUGACAAAAACUAUGAGUGGCCAUAUCAAUUCAAUCCAUGGAGGUGGCAAGACAAAGACAUGAGCAAUUGCAAUUUCACUCCUUUUGGAGGGGGACAAAGGUUGUGCCCGGGCCUUGACUUGGCCAGGCUGGAAGCUUCCAUCUUCCUACACCACUUUGUCACUCAAUUCAAAUGGCAUGCCGAAGAAGAUACAAUAGUGAACUUCCCUACUGUAAGAAUGAAAAGGAGGAUGCCUGUGUUGGUAAGGAGAGUGGAAUCUUAA